AUGAUGUCAUACCUGAAAGUUAUGAUCAUAUGGAACAUACUUUGUUUAUCUCUGGUGGUCCUUUCACUGUCCUUGAUUCCAGAAGUGUCUUCUCAAGAUGUAUCGAGCUGUACAGGGAGAUGUGGGACAGGGUAUUCUAGAGAGCAUGACUGCCAGUGUGAUUUUAACUGUCACCACUACAUGGAGUGCUGCCCUGACUUCAGGAAAGUCUGCACAGUGGCCGCCUCCUGCGAGGGACGGUGCUUCGAGUCCUUCGAGAGGGGAAGGGAGUGUGACUGCGAUGCUGACUGCGAGCGGUACGGCAAAUGCUGCCCAGACUACGCCAAGCACUGUAAAGAGGCACACACAGAAAAGCCAACCCCGGAGACUCCUCCAGAAAACAAAUCAACAUCUAAAAGGUCCUCCACAGAUGAGGAAGAGUCACCAGCGGAAGCUGUGGAAGAUCCUGAAAACCAAGUGACCACUCCUGCUCCAAGUACAGAACUUGCAGAGACAACCCUUGCAGCCACAGAGGCCCCAACUACCAAGGAAGACAGUCCCACAACCCCAAAGAUAGAGGAUGCAACCCCUGAGGCCACAGAAGAACCAGUGACCGAAGCCGACCUUCACACUCCGGACACGACAGAAGAUGUAACCCCUGAAGCCACAGAGGAACCAGAGAAAGAAGUGGACACUACCGACCUCCUCCCAAUACAAGAUCCAACCCCUGACGCCACCGAGGCACCAGAAACUGAGACGGAGCAACCCAGCACCCCCACAUCAGAGGAGACAACCCCAGAGGAGCCCACAACCCCCACACCAGAGGAGACAACCCCAGAGGAGCCCACAACCCCUAAACCAGAGGAGACAACCCCAGAGGAGCCCACAACCCCCACACCAGAGGAGACAACCCCAGAGGAGCCGACAACCCCCAAACCAGAGGAGACAACCCCAGAGGAGCCGACAACCCCCAAACCAGAGGAGACAACCCCAGAGGAACCGACAACCCCCACACCAGAGGAGACAACCCCAGAGGAGGUGACAACCCCGAAAGCAGAGGAGACAACUCCAGAGGAGCCGACAACCCUGAAAGCAGAGGAGACAACUCCAGAGGAGGUGACAACCCCUAAACCAGAGGAGACAACCCCAGAGGAGCCGACAACCCCCACACCAGAGGAGACAACGCCAGAGGAGGUGACAACCCCUAAACCAGAGGAGACAACCCCAGAGGAGCUGACAACACCUACACCAGAGGAGACAACCCCAGAGGAGGUGACAACCCCUAAACCAGACGAGACAAUUCCAGAGGAGCCGACAACCCCGAAAGCAGAGGAGACAACGCCAGAGGAGGUGACAACCCCCAAACCAGAGGAGACAACCCCAGAGGAACCGACAACCCCUAAACCAGAGGAGACAACUCCAGAGGAGCCAACAACCCCCACACCAGAAGAGACAACGCCAGAGGAGCCAACAACCCCUAAACCAGAGGAGACAACCCCAGAGGAGCCGACAACCCCUAAACCAGAGGAGACAACUCCAGAGGAGCCAACAAGCCCCACACCAGAGGAGACAACGCCAGAGGAACCGACAACCCCUAAACCAGAGGAGACAACCCCAGAGGAAUCGACAACCCCCACACAAGAGGAGAAAACCCCAGAGGAGGUGACAACCCCGAAAGCAGAGGAGACAACUCCAGAGGAGCCGACAACCCCCAAACCAGAGGAGACAACUCCAGAGGAGGUGACAACCCCUAAACCAGAGGAGACAACCCCAGAGGAGCUGACAACACCCACACCAGAGGAGACAACCCCAGAGGAGCCGACAACCCCGAAAGCAGAGGAGACAACUCCAGAGGAGGUGACAACCCCCAAACCAGAGGAGACAACCCCAGAGGAAUCGACAACCCCCACACCAGAGGAGACAACCCCAGAGGAGGUGACAACCCCAAAAGCAGAGGAGACAACUCCAGAGGAGCCGACAACCCCCAAACCAGAGGAGACAACUCCAGAGGAGGUGACAACCCCUAAACCAGAGGAGACAACCCCAGAGGAGCCGACAACCCCCACACCAGAGGGGACAACCCCAGAGGAGGUGACAACCCCUAAACCAGAGGAGACAACGCCAGAGGAGGUGACAACCCCUAAACCAGAGGAGACAACCCCAGAGGAGCCCACAACCCCUAAACCAGAGGAGACAACCCCAGAGGAGCCGACAACCCCCAAACCAGAGGAGACAACCCCAGAGGAGGUGACAACCCCUAAACCAGAGGAGACAACGCCAGAGGAGACAACAACCCCUAAACCAGAGGAGACAACCCCAGAGGAGCCGACAACCCCGAAAGCAGAGGAGACAACUCCAGAGGAGGUGACAACCCCUAAACCAGAGGAGACAACCCCAGAGGAGCCGACAACCCCCACACCAGAGGGGACAACCCCAGAAGAGGUGACAACCCCUAAACCAGAGGAGACAACGCCAGAGGAGACAACAACCCCUAAACCAGAGGAGACAACGCCAGAGGAGACAACAACCCCUAAACCAGAGGAGACAACCCCAGAGGAGCCCACAACCCCUAAACCAGAGGAGACAACCCCAGAGGAGCCCACAACCCCUAAACCAGAGGAGACAACCCCAGAGGAGCCGACAACCCCCAAACCAGAGGAGACAACCCCAGAGGAACCGACAACCCCGAAAGCAGAGGAGACAACUCCAGAGGAGCCAACAACCCCCAAACCAGAGGAGACAACCCCAGAGGAGCCGACAACCCCCAAACCAGAGGAGACAACCCCAGAGCAGCCAACAACCCCUAAACCAGAGGAGACAACCCCAGAGGAGCCGACAACCCCCAAACCAGAGGAGACAACCCCAGAGGAGCCGACAACCCCCACACCAGAGGAGACAACCCCAGAGCAGCCAACAACCCCUAAACCAGAGGGGACGACAACCCCAAAACCAGAGGAGACAACCCCAGAGGAGCCGACAACCCCCAAACCAGAGGAGACAACCCCAGAGCAGCCAACAACCCCUAAACCAGAGGAGACAACCCCAGAGGAGGUGACAACCCCUAAACCAGAGGAGACAACCCCAGAGGAAGUGACAACCCCUAAACCAGAGGAGACAACCCCAGAGGAGCCGACAACCCCUAAACCAGAGGAGACAACCCCAGAGGAGUUGACAACCCCUAAACCAGAGGAGACAACAACCCCCACACCAGAGCAGCCGACAACCCCCAAACCAGAGGAGACAACCCCAGAGGAGCCGACAACCCCCAAACCAGAGGAGACAACCCCAGAGGAGGUGACAACCCCUAAACCAAAGGAGACAACCCCAGAGGAGGUGACAACCCCUAAACCAGAGGAGACAACCCCAGAGCAGCCAACAACCCCUAAACCAGAGGAGACAACCCCAGAGGAGGUGACAACCCCUAAACCAGAGGAGACAACCCCAGAGGAAGUGACAACCCCUAAACCAGAGGAGACAACCCCAGAGGAGCCGACAACCCCUAAACCAGAGGAGACAACCCCAGAGGAGUUGACAACCCCUAAACCAGAGGAGACAACAACCCCCACACCAGAGCAGCCGACAACCCCCAAACCAGAGGAGACAACCCCAGAGGAGCCGACAACCCCCAAACCAGAGGAGACAACCCCAGAGGAGGUGACAACCCCUAAACCAAAGGAGACAACCCCAGAGGAGGUGACAACCCCUAAACCAGAGGAGACAACCCCAGAGGAGCCGACAACCCCCAAACCAGAGGAGACAACCCCAGAGGAGGUGACAACCCCUAAACCAAAGGAGACAACCCCAGAGGAGCCAACAACAAAGGCGGACUCUUCCACCACCCCCAAACCUGAAGAGUCAACCCCAGAUGAACCUACAACCACUGCAGACUCUCCCACUACCCCUAAACCUGAGGAAACAACCCCAGAAGAAACUACAACCAAAGCAGACUCUCCCACCAGCCCUAAAGCAGAGAAUGAUGACUCUCCAACCAGCCUUGCAGCCCAUGAGUCCAAUACCCCUGCCAGUGAAACCACGGCUUCUCUGGGCAAUGCUGCAACCACAACAGCUGGGAAGGACUCCGCCACACUUGAGGCAGGCACAAUGCUUUCAGAUACCACAAUGGAGAACAUGGAGACAACAACAACACAGAAAGAUAGAACUACUCUGCUUAAAGACAUUUUCACUGCUGCAACUAGGAAAGACACAGUUACUGUAGCUAUGGUGACAACAGCUAAACCAGGUGAUUCUCCUAAAGGUAUGGAUGACAUUCCAAACACAGCUCCUAUGGCCAAGCAACCUGUCACUGCAGCAGCUGAAUCAGAAACUUCUACAGACACCAAGACUGCAACAACAGCAGCCACAGCUCCCUCGCCUAAUCCCACUGUGCUGGUAACAACCAUCAAAGAUUCAACUCCUCAACCCAAUGAGGCUGUAACACUAAAUGAAAAAGACACAACUACAGAUACUGAGCAGGCUGGGCCAGCAGCAGACAAAGAGAGCCCAGGUGCUACUUGUGUUAUUGUGGAGAUGACAACAGCUGGUAAAAAAGAGGUAACAACCAUCAAAGAAAUGGACACCCCACCUGAAAAAGAAAUGGAAGAUGUCACUGAAAAGGCCCCUGGUAUUGCCAAAGAAGAUGUAACUACAGUUACCAAAGAAACCACAACAAGGGAUAAAAAAGACACAAUAGAAGAAAUGUAUCUUGUGUCUAAUGGGACAUCCAAGCCAACAAUACAUUUCCAGGAGGUCACUGAGGCCAGAGAAGAACCUCACCCAACUGAACCUGAAACUCUGCCAGUGAAGGAAGAGCCAGAGAUAAACAAGCCUUUAAUACAAGUUGGGGACCUGCCAAUGUUCCCUGGAGAAACACAAGAGAGCAAGAACGACGAGAAGGAGAAGGACCUGUGCAGCGGCAAGCCAGCGGACGGCAUGGUAGCCCUGCCCAACGGUACCCUGGCCGUUUUCCGAGGUCACUAUUACUGGCUGCUGAACGGCCGGACCCCGCCGACCACCAACCCCCGGCGGAUCAGCGACGGCUGGGGCAUCCCCUCGCCCAUCGACUCCGUCUUCUCCAGGUGCAACUGCGAUGGGAAAACCUUCUUCAUCAAGGGUCCCCUGUACUGGCGCUUCACUAAUGGUGUUAUGGAUAAAGGUUAUCCCAAACCUCUCGCAACUGGAUUUGCAGGGUUAAGUGGGAGAAUAGUAGCAACCCUCCCUGUGGCAAGAUACAACAGCAGACCAGAAUCUGUUUAUUUUAUCAAAAGAGAUGGAAACAUGCAGCAGUACGUGUACAGACAAGAACCAGCCAAGAAAUGUCAAAGAAGAGCUCGGGUCACCAUCCGAUACCCGGCGUUUGUCCCCAGGGUCGUCAUCCGGCGACGCUUCCAGCGUGCCGUGCGAAUGCCGACCGUCAUCCGCACCGUCAGGAUCAACCCCCACCCCUCUGGUGUUCUACGCAAGGAAGUCCAAAUGACAACGUACUGGAGAGGGCUCCCCAAAGUUAUCCACUCAACUCUCUCCGUGCCCAACCAGAACAAGCCCGAUGGCUACGAUUACUAUGCCUUCUCUUACAAUCGGUACUACAGUUUGGAUAUUGGCAAAAGAAUAGCACGACCUGUUACUGCUCUCACAGGAAAGACUGUAUCCAAAGACUGGUACAACUGUCCCAGCAAGUGAUGCACAGCAGAGAAGUUUAAAACAAG